AUGAAGAAAACAUCAGUUGUUACGGCAAAAGACGAUGAAAAAAGCAUUGAACAGGAACUAGAAAAUGAACAAUUAACGUUGGAACAACAAAAUUUAAUAUUGCAGCUUCAUCAAGAUAAGGAUAAAGAACCAUAUAAACAAGAAAAGCAAAUAAUUUUUAUGGAUAAUAAUCAACAGCGAUUUAAUCCUUUUGGUGGAAAAGCUUCGGUGCAUAAUACACCAUUUGAUAUAUAUCAGUUUGGUGGCGUUGUAACAAGAAGUUAUAUGGAUAUAUCUGCUCCUAUUACAAAUGCGCCCAAUCCUCCGUUUGUUGACGCUUUAAUGAGUUCUACAAGUUGGUCGACAACUUUUGCUGAACAACUACUCCCUUAUCAUUGGGAGUACCUAAUAUCGGAUCUACUUCUUCGCGUGUUCCACAGUCAGAUGAGAUCAGAUAUUUCAUUUAAACCUCAAUACGAACGCAAAAAAAACCAAGAAAACGAAAAAUUGGCUUCCAUUACUCAACAAACUUCCAAUCAAACUAUUGUCAAAACACCUCAACCAAAGAAUAAUGAAAUGGAAGUUCGUAAAGCCUCUGAACGAAUCAUUGGUCCAAAUUCAUCCAAUACAUCUACAAGCAAGUCAAGAAAUAGUGCAAUUACUGCAGGAUCUCCUCAACAUAAUAACGCUACUAUAAAUGUGAUAUCAAGCCCAGCGGAUAAGAUUCGACCUUUGUCAAAGACUUCAGGCAACGUCGAUGUUAAUUCCAAUGAACACUUUACAUCUCGUUCUCCUUCAGAAAUGUUUACGUGGGAUUUUAUUCAGAUGUUGCUUAAAUUCCCACUUGAUCCUCCUCACGCCACUAUUGAAAUCAUGCAAGAUUUGAUUUAUGCUAAUUCGUCAACUCUAGAUGGUCAAAGAUUUGCUGAUGAAUUUGUCAAGAGAAAAAUGCGUGAAAACGAGCUGUCCGAAGCUCAACGUGAAAGAAUUAUCAGUGUAUAUCUGAGUGAUACCAAGCAAACAGUUAUUUCAACUCAGCUUGGUAUUCCCACUAGCACUGUCAACAAUACUAUAAAAAGAUACAAAGAAACAGGUUCUGCAUUACCUGAGAAGCGUCCUGGUCGUCUUAAAAUACUUAAUCAACGUGAUAAAUAG